UCCGAUAUAUACAUGCAAACAGACUGCGACUCGUUAUAGCACAUCCAUCGGGACGCGAUCGGAUGAGAUCUCGCCCCCUGCAUCGACCAUGACAGGCGGCGGCGGCGCCAGAUCGCCGGCACAAGCAGCAAGAGGGCGACGGCAGAAGGCAGCGUCGCUGCCGUUGGACGUGCUGGUGGACAUUGCGGCGCACACCGACCCGGCCACCUUCGUGCGCUGCGCCGCCACGUGCGUGGACAUGCGCUGCCGCGUCAAGGAGUACAUCAGCCUCCGCCACCCCCUCCGCCUCCGGCAAGGCGACCGCUUCGUGCUCCCCCUCCUUCGCGGCCAUCUGAUGUACCGCUCCCACGACUGGUCCGAGCCCAAGGAGCAGCUGUUUCUGAUGGACACCAGCGCGCCGGACGCCACCAAGCUACGCACGGCCACCGGCGGAGGCUUUCCCCUCUCGUCGCGCGAUGGUCUAGUCCUCGCCCGUGUGGGCGCCGCCGCCAAAGAACUCCGUGUGUGCGACCCGGCCACCGGCAGGAGCAUGACUCUGCCACCUGAGCCGGCGUUCCCAAGGACGUGGGGGGCAAACUAUGUCUUGCUGGUCAGUGACGAUGAUAAGGGUGGCACCACCUCCGUUGGCCGGCAUUUUCAGGUGGUCAAGGCAUAUCUAAACAUGUCAGAAUACGGCGGCUACCUACACCUACAGUUCCAGACCUUCUCGUCGGAGCAUGGCGCCUGGGGCCUCUACACCGAGACCUGGCUUCCUUACGUACAAUGCGGCCGCCUGAAACGAAGCCUCGACAAGGCCCUGGUCACCGGCGGUGCUGUGCACUGGUUGUUCAUGACCGACACCGGCUUCUACGUCCUGAAACUCCGUGUCGGAGCGGCAAAGGUGAUGGUGACGAAGCUCCCAAAAGGGUUCCCACACCACUUGUGGGAACAUCAAAAGCUUCUGGCAGCAUCGUCAGUGGGUGGGGACGUGCUCGUGCUCGUCGCCGACGAUGACAGGAUGUCGGUUUGGGCACAAUCGAAGCAUACAGCCAAGUGGAAGCAACGACCACAUGUGGUGAUCAACAUGACGGAGACAAUUUUGAGGUUUCUUGACAAGGAAGGAGGGGGCUGCAUUCCGCCGACGAAGCCAGUCGGAUUCAGCCUUGUGAGCUUCGCCGAGAAGAGUGGCACCGUGCUCAUCAAAGCAUGCAACGGUUUCUUUUGGCUCGACCUGCGGACCAUGGAGAUUGUGAGGUGGUUCUGGGAUCAUGGGGUACCAUACACGACCCACAAUAUUCCCUAUGAGAUAAGUUUGACGGCCUGGGUUCCAACAUUCAGUAGCACUUUGUGAUCGAUUCUCUCCGGUUCUGGUUUCAUUGUCAACUUCAUCAUCAACUAUAGAAGCACGUGCGUACGACUUUGUUGAGAAAAUAAGUUAAUUUUACAAGUUUUUAUU